CAGCGAGGCACACUUCCUCUUCACGCGAUGGUGAAACCUCGCGUUGGCUAACCUCCGCUUUAGAGGAAGCACAGUGUGCUUAUAACAAACGAGAGAAGAGAGAGAGCAAAGAAAUGGUGGAGAGUCAGUCUUAAUAUCCGUCUGUACUGCUUGAAUGUUAGUAGAAAACUAAAGGCUGACCUGGGGCUACUGGGUGUGGGCCGAGUUCUGUCCAAAUUUUCAGCAUCUUCCUUGAAGUUGAUGGAGUAACCAGUGUGCGAAGUGUACACUCUGUUGUCUGCUGGUGGUUCUGAGGUAGGAAACUAGAUGGAGGAGGCAACAGUGACUGCACAGUUGCGGCAACCCAAAGAUGAUGGUGUCCAGGUCAGAUACUCGGGAACCAAACGCUACAGUGAAAUUUUAAGAGACUUUGAUAACUUGGACCUGUCCUUAGUGAGCACGUCUGUAGAUGACCUGCUUGGAGACCCUGACACACAGUCCCUCUCAGAAACAGCUGAUACCACGCUGGAUGAUCUGACAAAUGAAGAUGCGGACAAUACGUCAAUCUGCCAAGAUGAAGAGCCUCCAACAGAGGAAAAGGAAGUUGUUAUAUCAGCCCAGGAAGCUGACCUCGCCAUGUGUCGCAAUGAGGGUGGCGUGGAGGUCGCACUGCAGUAUGCCAAAAUGUGGUGCCGCUAUGCCAAGGACCUCCUCACGUGGAUGGACAAGAGAAUCAGCCUGGAGCAAGAGUUUGCCAAGAAUAUCAUGAAAGCAGCAGACACGACAAGGUCCUGUGUUGCUCAACAGGAACUGAUGCCCCUGCAGUAUAUUUACACCAUGGCCCUGGAGCAGGACAUUAAAACCAGCAACACAGCCAAACAGACCACUGAAAUGCUCCAGCAGCGCUGCUACCAGGCUUUGUCAGCCAAGCGCAAUGAGAUUGACAAGUGGCGUCGGGAGUUCAAGGAGCAAUGGACGAGGGAGCAGAGGAGAAUGAAUGAAACUGUUGCAGCGCUAAAGCGAGCUCGGCAGCAGUACAUGCAGCGCUGUGAGGAGCUGGAGAAGGCCAAAGCCAUGACUGCUAAAGGAAUGGAAGAGGCUGGAGGUUCAAAGACCCUUGACAAGAGGAGGAAGUCUCGAGAUGAUGCUCAAACCAAGGUCGCAGAGGCUGAGACGUUGUACAGACAGUGUGUGCACGAUGCCAAGGUCCACCAGGAAGGGCUGGAGAAAGUGAAGGAGAGGAUCAUUGUGCACACUCGCAAACUCAUCUGCCAAGGAGAUACUGUGCUGAAAGAGGUGACAGUGAACAUGUUCUACUAUCAGAGACAGCAGACAGAGGCGCUUCCUCUUGGCUACCACAACUUGGAACUGACCUGCAGGCCGUGUGAGCCUGGUGAACCCUAUCUGCAAUACGUCUUCAGAAAGUGCCGCUGCAACCGUGAACAGCCGCCGCAAUCUUUCACCUUCCAAGAGUUUGUCCCGCAAAGCAAGAGGAGUUCUCCUACGGGCCGACGUAAAACUAGUAAUCCCUUGAUGGCUCUGCAAGACACAUUUCCCCUUCCUGAUGACACAAGACGUGGAAGCAACAUUAGUGAUGGACGGCGCAUCGGCUGCAGUGACAGUGAGAGUAUGGGAGGGAGCCUUGAAUCUCUCUCCAGUCCAGCCCAUGGGAAUCGCAAGCUACCCAAAGCCCCCUCCACUGGAACCAUGUCCUCAGAUGACCUGGAUGAGAGAGACAUUAGCACCGAAGCUGAGUGUGGCGAUGCUUUAAAUGACAGCAAUGGUGGCUACUGCAAAGUGCGCACCACCUCCCGUGCUGCCCUGACUCACCGGCUCAGGAAAAUGAAGAGCAAAAUGUCCAAAUGCAAACAAUGUGAAAACUACAUUCUGGUCAAUGGCAUCGAGUGUGAGGAGUGUGGCCUUGCUCUGCACAGGAAGUGCCUGGAUCUUUGCCAGACAGAGUGUGAGCACAGGCGGGGGAUUCUAUUUGGAGUGGAGUUUUCUCAGCUGCCCAGAGAGCAGCCACAGGAUGUGCCAUUUAUUGUACAGCGUUGCACUGAAGAGAUUGAGAGCCGAGCACUUACUGUCCAGGGGGUCUAUCGGGUAAGUGGGUCCAAACCUCGGAUAGUGAAGCUGUGUCAUGCCUUCGAAACCCAAAAAGACCAAGUUGACCUUUCUGACCUCUCACCCCAUGACAUCACCUCUGUCCUCAAGUACUUUUUCAAAGAUCUUCCUGAGCCUUUACUGACCUUUGACCUUUACAAUGACUUCAUCAACAUUGGGAAGGAGAUUCAGCGGCUCAGUGAGAAGGACCAUGCAGCCGAUACAACACAGAUAGUGGAGAGCAUAGUAACUAAUCUCAAACAGGUUUUGAGGCGACUGCCCCCCUACAAUUACAGCACACUGCAGCACAUGAUGACUCACCUGCACAGGAUAUCUGAGUGUUAUGAAGAGAAUAAGAUGUCUGCUGGGAAUCUGGGCAUUGUGUUUGGUCCCACUCUCCUGCGUCCCCUGGUGUCAGGGGACGUGUCCAUGAUUGCACUUCUGGAAAGCAGCUACCAGGCUCUGCUGGUGGAGUUCAUGAUCAACAACCACGACCAUAUUUUUGGUCCUGCACCAAGAUCCUGCACUCCCCCUCCACCUGUACCCACUGCCCCACUCCCAGACACCCCACCGAGGGCCUCCUGCCCUGCUGCACCGGAGGGAUCUGAGUCACAUGAGGGAUCUGGAGCUUCCAACAGAGAACGGCCACGCUCCCUAGAGAGUCGCACACUCAAGAGAGACUCAAGCGAGGGUUAUAUUUCUGACAAGUCAUCAUCCAAUGAGGCAGUGGACCAGCUGAGCCCUGAAGCCAAUGAGAGAGCAGUCCUGGCUAUGAGGAGUGCACUGGACGCUCCGCGAGGUCACUCAGAGGGACGUGUAGAUCCUCACUCAGGGACUCAGGUGAGGGCUCACUUGAGCAGGCAGCCUGUGAAGCCCCAGAGGCACGCCCCUCCAGCGACAUGUGUGCACUCUCAGACCCCACAGCAAAAACACGCCUCAGACUCCACCAGUCCAUUCGGCAUGGCUGGACACACCUCUGCCACUCAGUCUCCGCCCUGUGAGUCUGAACGAGGGACACGAUUGAACAUUUCGGCAGCAGCUACAUCCAACCCUAAAUCCAGCCCCUUCGUCAGGACGGAGACAAAGGAGAAAGCAGGCCUCCUGCUUUAUCAGAACAGCAACCAGUCCAACAACGGACUGACCCGAUCACUCAGGAGACACCCAGCAGAGGAGAGGACCGCCCAGAAGAUUCUGUCUGGGCUAAAGCUAAGACGCAGUAACUCAAGGAAAGGGGAGCAGCUUCAUUUUGUGUGAGACUGAGUGGAGAAAGAUCUGAGAGGGCAUAUGCUGGUAGUGCUCGCUAAAGGAGCAGAAAAAUCAAAUUUACUACAUUUUCCCUUUUGCCCCAAAUGUGCUCAGUUAGCCAAAACAUGUCUGGUGUCCGAAUUAAAUGUCUUUAAGUGAGGUAUGAGGCUCAUGGAGCUUAGAAAUAAGAGAAAUUUAUACACUGCCAAUUAGUAUCAUGCACACCAUGUCUAAAUCAUUGCACGUUUAUCUCAAUCCAUUUUAAACUGUUAAAGGGGAAUUCCGCCAAUUUUUCAAAAUUUUGGGAUGUAAACAAAGUAGUUCAGUUUUGCUUUGAAAUGCAAAUGAAUUUUGAUUACUACUUAAAAUGACCAGUAAACCACCUACACAUCUUCUGAGUUUUAUGUGUUGAUAUUGUUGAUAAAGGUAUGAAAUAUGGGGGGGUCUGGGAAACCCUAAUUAACCUCUUGGACUCCCUGAAUACCUCAAAAUCUAAAUUCUUACUAUGACGUUAAAAAAACUUACUAUGACGUUAUGCUGUUCAUUAGGCUAAAAUAGACACCCAGAUUCAAAUUCAAGGAAAGGUCAUUGUGUAGCUGCUUAAACCAUGAAACAACGAGGUAGGCCUAUUUUUGGUAUUUUUAACUAUCUAGAGAUGCAGCACUGGUCUGGCUCAGGGAGGCGCUGUAGCAAACUGGCUCACCCAGUUGGUUCUUCAUAGCCUAGAGACUCUAACUAAGGCCUGGGUACUGCUGAAAAAUGUAAUAUGCCAUAGCAUAUUUGUAAAGCUGAAAAUGUGCCCAAUUUCUCAAGAGACUGGUGGAAACUGUUACUCAUUCCUCAAACUAAAGACAGAAGAGGAGAUGUGUUAGAUCUCAAUUAAUGUGUGGGAGGCUUCAUGACCAAACUAGAAAAGCGUUUACGAAAUAGGAAUUGUUAAACCAAACAUUUUGUUGCCAUUGAAGCUAGCAUCAGCGCUGCUAAGGCAAGUGAGUUAGCAGCCAGCUAACAUGGGACCCCCUGAAUAACAAGGGGUAUUUCACACAUUGCUUGCAUAUACCUCUCCACCAUGCAUGGAUUUAAAAAGUGCUUUCCUGGUUCCUAUCACCACCACUGUGAACAAUUUUGAUCAGCAAGUUCUUAUAGAAUAGAGCAUUUUACACAAAACCACUGUGCAUGACUUUGUUUACAUCUUAACAAUUUAAUUAAGGCAAUUAAGAUAAUUAUGUAAUCUCAAAAAAACUUGCUCAUUUGGUUUCUAUCACUAUAAAAAUGGUAAUAAGCCUGUAGCAUGGAUGAAUACAGUCGUAAUCAUCUUAAAGUCUAAAUUUUGUUCAUACUUUCGUGCAGAACUAAAAAAGGAAACUUUUGAACACCAGACUUUUCUUGGCUGAUCAACUAUAUUUAGCGUGAAGGGGAAACUAUUUCAAUUUGAAUUUUCGCUGGACUACUCCUUUAAACAUUCUCACAGACUGGAUUAUGAUUCAGAACUAUUAACUGGAAAAUUAUUCUUCAGACAAUGUGCUCAGCUGAGCGUUCUUCCUGACACUUAGGUGAUGUUAAUUAUUUAGUGUGUUAAAUUGCAGUUUGAAGUACAUUGUAGGCUCUGACUGUGGAUUGGAAUUAUUUUAGGUACAAGCAUAGCUGAAGUGUUUUACAGAUACACGCACACACACACACACACACACACACACACACACACACACUCAUUCUCAUUUAGUUACAGUAUGUUGAGGCAUGGUUCUAUUAAACACCAUAUAGACAUUUUAUGAAAACAAAUUGUUCUUGA